GUGGAUUUAAAACAGAUGUCAUUUUAUAAAAAGUAAACAAGAGAAACCUGCAAACUUCAAACAUUCGUCAAGUGUCUGAAGAGUACAGAAAAGAUGGGUCCAGUCAAAAAUAGACAUAACUACACCUCCCUACAAGUCACAGUACUCGAGAGGUAUUUGCAGGCCAAACCAAAGAAGAAACAAAGAAAAGAAAUCUCCAAGGAACUCAAAUUAACCGAUGGGCAAAUUAAGGCUUGGUUCAGAAAUCGAUAUACUCAACUCCGUAGGCUAGACAAGAGAAACUUCUUGAAAUAUAAAGAAAUUGGAUAUGAUGAUCUUAAAAAUGGAACCAUUAUUCAGCCUCCUAUUUCUCAAGUUACCAUUAGACAACCUACCAUCCAUCAACAAGGCUUUGAACAACGUUUAAUUAAACAAGAUAUCAUUGGACAAACUCCUAUUCACCAAACAGGCACCAAACAACUUGAGAUUCAUCAACAAGGCAUUGAACAACCUCCUAUUAAACGAGGACAACAUAUAAGUCACCAAGAAGAAUUUAUACAACAUACAACAACGUUACACGAUGAGUUUACUGACUUCCAACUAAUAACUUUGGAGAACGAAUUUCGUACUUGUAAAUACAUGAAGAAACAAAGGUUGAAUAAAAUUUCUGUCAGCCUGGGAUUACCAGAGAACCAAGUUAAUGUUUGGUUCCAAAAUAGACUUAGCAAGGACAAUUAUAUUGCUAAAAAUAAUAUGAUGGGGCACUCCAGUUUUUAUGUUGAUUAUCAACAUAAAAGUAUGAUGUAUUCUCAGAAGAAAUCCACACCAUUAGCACAGUUACAAAUGGUCUUCAGGCAACAACUGCCUUUGAUUUCAGAAUACCAACCAUUGAUCUCGAAUAUGGCUCAACCAAACUGGUCGUCACUCCUUAAAGAACCAAAAGCAAUUCCUCUGACAAAUGCACCAUCUAAACUAUGUGGAGAAUAUGGUACUUUGCCUCCACCACCUAAUUGCUUGACCCAUUCGGUAAAGUACCCAGAGGAGCCCCAUUCAAUGCUCUAUCUAAAUAAUGUGGAGAAUAUCCCACCAUUUGAACAAACAAAAGCAUUCACCCUUAAUGAACACUCAAAGAGUUUUUUAGACAGUGUUUCAUCGUCCCUCCCUUCAUGUUUGGCUUGAUGAUGAAUAAUUGGGUGGAGGAUUUUAUUCCACACAUAAAUGCGACAGUAUUUAUUACUGUUAAAUUGACUUUCCUCAUUUUAUAUAUGGGGAUAUGAAUGAUCGUUGUAAAUGUAUAAUGUAAUUAAUUAAUUAAAUUGCAGUAAAAUUGUAUUUUAAAGUU